CGAGUCCUCUUCAGUAUUUUACGAUUUUCUCCCUCAAAACUCAACUUUUUCGAGCUAAAAAGGUGAUAUUCGUGAUCAGCUCGAUUCGGCCAAUCAGAAUAUGUAUAAUAAAGCCAAAAAUUAAAACAUGCUCGAUCUUUGAAUUAGCGGCGCCUUACUUCAUGAGUUAGCUCACGCAGUUGUACCGCCAAAGUCUAGUACUCCAAUUCGUAAUGCAUUUGCCUGUUAUCACAUUCAAAAUUAUUAUGGUGGUGGUUGUUUUUUAGAGCACAUAUGUUGUAGCGGUGAAGUGCAUCUACAUAAGAAUGAUCGGAAGAUGUAUAUAUUAACACCAUUUGCGUCGAAAAAAUUUGUCAGUGAUGUGUUAUUACAAUCUGUUAAUAAUUCCAAAUCAUUUCAUUUAUUAAAUGAAUAUGCCAACAAAUGUGCUGGUCAACAAAUACAUUUAGCAAAAUUAGAUAUACCUGUAAUCACAGCAGACGAUGAAAUGAUAGAACCAGCAGGAGAUUACAGACAUGAAAUUAUUGUAGUUAAAAAUAUUGAAAAUCAAAUAAUUGAACCACUUGGCGAAUACGGAAGAGUUCGAUAA